GGCCCCCAGCUUUACCUGAGCCAGGUGACAACAGCUGCGCCUCAUCUGGCUUCCUUUCCAGCCUGCCUGGAGGAUUCAUUUUCAGUUGGUUAUUUUUUUCCAUUGUUAUUUAUUUCAAACCAAGUCCUCAUUCUUGCUUUUGAAGCAGAUCUGGCUCCUUCCGGUCACGAUGAACAUUGUCCUGUCCAGAGACAGCCAGGUCCGGGUGAUGGAGAAUACGGUGAACAAUGCUGAGAAGUACUUUGGCCAGUUCUGUGUGCUCAUGGCUGCCUACACCCGGAAGACAGCCAAACUUCGAGAUAAGGCAGACCUGCUGGUCAAGCAGCUCUUGGACUUUGCCAAUACUGAGAAUCCUGAAAUGCGCACCACCCUGAAGAACUUUGCGGAGGAGUUGGCCAAGGUGCAGGAUUACCGGCAGGCAGAGGUGGAAAGAUUUGAAAUGAAGGUCAUCAAUCCACUGAGACUCUAUGGGACCCGGAUAAAGCAAACCCGGAACGAGAUCAAGAAAUCCAACAAGGUCCGAGAUAAUGAAAUCAAACAACUGGAGAAAUUGGAAAGACUGAGGCAGAAGUCACCUUCUGACCGACACACAAUCUCCCAGGCUGAGACGAAUGUGCAGAAAGCUUCUGUGGAUGCGAGCCGAACCACCCACCAACUCGAAGAGACCAUUGAUAUAUUUCAGAAGCAGAAGCUGAAAGACAUCCAGCAAAUUUUCUCCGACUUUGUAACCAUUGAGAUGGUUUUUCAUGCCAAGGCUGUGGAGGUGUAUUCCAAGGCCUUCCAGAUACUGGAAAAUUAUGACUUGGAAAGAGAUCUAGAGAGUGCCCAGAGCACCAUUCAGAACCGGACGCAUGAGGAGGAGACAAUAAGUGAACCUUUAAUAUCCCCUAAGCCAGAAGUGCCUAACAUGGGGCCCCAUGAGACUGGCAACACUCCUGAGGGAGACCUGAACCAGAUCAAGAUAUGA